CAGACUCGAUUAUUUACAGACCGCCGUCAUAGCUGGAAUAUUGCCGAGAGCGGCGAUAAACAACAAACAAACAAACUCGAUUUGUUACGGCUGGUAUUUCAAGUAAGAGCAAGCCAGUGGGAUCUCUGACGUGGUACAAUGCAGUAGACUGAGGUCUCACACGCGUAGUAUUGUUUAUGACGUCAAAGUGGCUCAGUCUGUGACGUCAUAAUGACUACUCGGCAACCUUCAUUUGCGUAGACACAGCGCUUGCGUCUCGUAUCUUACGUUGAAAGACUUUUCAGCUGUGAGUGCAACAUGUCUCCAGAUGUGGUGAAGGUCGUGUUCAAAUUGUACCAUCUUCCAGACUACAUUGAAAGAAGUCUGAAGGACGACAAAGGAAGAAGAAAUGCUGUGAACGUUGCUGUCAUCGGCUCAAUCAGUGGCCUAGGGAGUUGGAGACUUGAAAAACAGCUGAUUGCUAAGCCCUCCGCUUCUGAAACUGAUGUGUGGGAGGUCACUGCCGAACUUCCGGUAUCCUCAUCCUUUGAAUGGUCGUGGCUUGUGGCUGACGACAAGAAAGUCCUCUUCUUGGAUCCCGCAUACGAUAGAAGGACCCGACUGUCCUACCACGAGGGGGUGAUCCAUUCAUCGUGGGGACGGGACCCGAACUUUUUUGUCUCCCAGACCUGCGCACUGAGGCUGGAGACUCACUACCACUGUGAGGCAGGGGAAGCUCUCGCAGUUGUAGGCUCGGAGCCAUGUCUUGGAUCCUGGAAGCCCAAGAAAGCAUUGAUGGCUCACGAGUAUCCGGAGAAAUCUGGCCACUGGCGGGCAAAUGGCCUACUGGACGUCCACCGUGACUACCAGUGGAAGUGGGCAGUCGUCGACGUGGAGACAAAAAAGGUCAAGAGAUGGGAGGAGUGUGCCAACAGAUUCAUCUCCACCAACUGCGAGCAGCUCUCCAUCCGGGCACCCUGGAACACGCCAUCGUCCACCUUGUCCCACUCCACCAUCAUCCAGGAGCAGACAAUCGACAUGGCCAAGGUGGCCAAGUUCUAUGAUGCUGUGGACAACUGUGAUGAACUUGUGAACGCAGAGAUGAGUCACGUGAUGUCAAGCUGGCAGUCACGACGGGAAACAAACAAGAAACCCUUUGUCAUUACAGAAACGGAUCAGAAAGCCUCCCCAGUACCCGUGACGAAGCCAACACAGAGGUUACAACAGAAGGUCAAAAGUCAUAGGUCAUUUCUCAGGAAGGUUCCGGGACAUAUAUGUCAUGUGACUAAUAGCUUCAUGAGUGAUUGUUACCUCUGGCUGGAGUAGAUAUCGGUGUUAUUGUUGUUGUGGCAACGUUCGUGUUCCUUCGCAAGACUGUAUAUACAAGUGUUUCCGGACAUGUGUGCUCUAUUGUAAAUACCGAAAUGAUUUGACUAGAAUCACUGUAAAUGUUUAUAAUUUUAAAGUAUUUCAAAUUUCGCCUUGAAAAUAGGAAUCAGCAUCAUCAUUUGUACAUGCGAUGAUAUAUCAUUAAAGUUCAACAU